UGCAAUUAUUACAAGUAAAUAAUCAUGAAUCUUCUAUAAUUGUUAUAAAAAUUAUUCAUUAAAGAUUAUGAAUGUUUAGCUUAUAGUAAUGUUUUUAUAAUAAAAUAUACUGAAAAUGAGCCUUUUUAAAUACUAAAUUAAAGUAUUACAGACUAUUUCUAUUCUUAUUAAAUUGAUAAUGAGAAAGAAAGAAAAUAAUUAUUUGAUCAACUUGAAUCUCGUUUGAAACAUCUAGAAAUUGUAAUUAAUAUGAAUUAAUAAGUAGAAGCGAAUCUAUUUGGUAUUUCACCAUUUAAUUUUAACAAUUUAUCUUUUAUAGUUGAAAAUAAAGGAAAUAAAAGUUUAAAAAUUAUUUCCAAACUGCUUUUAGAUAAUUCCAACUUUGAUAUUAUACAAUUAUAUUCUGGUUUCUUAUUUAUAGAAAAUUUUUAAAAACUAAAAAAAUAAAUCAACGAAUAAAUUCAAGACGACUAUUUAAUAGAGAGUUUACAAUCCUUUAAUGACAUAUUAUGCCUAAAAUGUUUUGAAGACUUUAGUGCAUAAUAGAAAAUAAGAAUAAAUAGUAUAGUUUUAGAGCUUAGAUAAAUAAAAAUUAUUGGAUUUAACUAAAACAGACUAUUUUGUGAAUGUGUUUUGCAAACUAUAAAAAGUAGUCUCUCUUAUUUAUAUUUACUUUCAAAUUACGUUGAAAUUUAAAGUAUUUUAGGUGAUGAUAAAGAUGAAAAAUUUGUUUGUAACUGUAAUAUGCUUAAUUAAGUUACAAAGCAUGUCACAUAAAAUUAAAAAAAUCUUAAGAUUUUUAAAUUCCAAGUUUACAUGUGUAAAAAUGUAGAAUAGCAACUGUAAGAAUCUGAAGAUUAUUUUGGAUUAAGUGAUAAACUAAAUCUAUUUUUACUAGAAAUAUCAUACGUAAGUAAAAAAAACACAAAUUUUAGAAAAUUAAUUUAUGGAUAAUUAAAAAGAAAUGCUAGAAAUGUGAGUACUUUAAAUUUAUAGGAUGAUCUUAAAAUUGAUAUUUUUAAAUUGAAUUUGUUUAAGAAAUUAAAAAGAAUAGUAUGUAUUAAUAUUAUAUGA